AGGUUACUGAUUGACAGGACAUUUCCCUCUUUAAUCAUCAGCUCUGGUUGUAAAAGGCUGUGUUGCAGUAAUCUACUCAUCCAUGUCGAGCUUGUCUCUGCAUUUACAACAGAACUAAUGGGCUUCACUGAUCAGAAGAGCAUGCCUCUACAUUAUGCAGUUAUGUUGUUGAAUGUUGUCAUGUUACGGAGAACUGAUGCUGCCUGGAAUGUUUGUGGUUAGUGGUAAAGUUUUGGACUUGCAGUAAUUAGCGUAGUUAUAGAGGAGGCAUGUAAAUGUAUUGCAUAAUACAGACAGUUGCUCAUUAUGCCACUGGAAUCUGUAAACCCUGGAGAUGCCUUUAAACUGGGCAUUUUAGGAAGUGUUGAAAAAAGGUCCCUGGAUGCCCCGCGGCGAACUGUCCUCCGCCGCCCAGUGCUUCCCAAUGGCCGGGAGUUGACCCCGCCCACCAGAAUGACGCUGCGCGAGCAGCUGAGAGAGAAGAUCUCGGCGGCCUUCUACCGCCACGGGCUGCUGUGUGCCUCCUACCCAGUACCCAUCAUCCUCUUCACCUCCGCCAGCAUCCUCACCUGCUGCUAUCCGUUAUUGAGGCUCCCCCUCCCUGGGACAGGUCCUGUGGAGUUCACCACAGGGGUGCGAGACUACAGCGUCCCUUCCCAUGAGCCUCAGGGAGACCUCGGGGAACGGCCCGACUGGUAUCGGGGUCCUCCGGUGGCCUACAUCCAGCAGGUGUUGGUGAAGGCAGCCGUGUCUCCAUGGGACAGCAGCCUGGUACCGGUGGAUGUGUUUCGGUCGCCACUGGGUCGAGUCUUCAGCCUGCUGGAGGAGAUCCGUGACCACGUCCACUCUGACAGUUCCGGGAUUCGCAGUCUGGAGGCGUUAUGUCUUCAGGUGACAGACCUGUUUCCAGGGUUACGGCGGAUGCAGUCAGUGCUUCCAGAGCAUGGCUGCCUGCUCGUUUCUCCCGGCAACUACUGGCAGAACCAACGGGAGCUCUUCGACUCGGACCCCGACCUCCUCAAGACCAUCCAGAAACAUGAACCCAAAGGCCUGCACACCUCGGCCACACUGCGAGACCUGCUGUUUGGCGUCCCCGGAAAGUAUACAGGGGUCAGUCAUUAUAACAGGAAAAGGGUUGUGACAUACACAAUCACUGUAGUGUUGUCUAGCUACGAUGCAAGGUUCCUGGGCAGCCUACGGGCGCGUCUGAAGCAGCUCCACCCGUCAGCUAACUGCAGCCUGAGAGAGGACCACAUGGUUCACGUCCACUUCAAGGAGGAGAUUGGCAUUGCUGAGCUCAUCCCCCUUGUCACCACAUACAUCAUCCUGUUUGCCUACAUCUACUUCUCCACACGUAAGAUUGACAUGGUGAAGUCUAAGUGGGGCCUGGCUCUGGCUGCUGUGGUCACAGUCCUCAGCUCUCUGCUCAUGUCUGUGGGACUGUGCACACUGUUUGGACUGACACCCACACUCAACGGAGGGGAGAUUUUUCCUUACCUGGUGGUGGUGAUCGGCCUGGAGAAUGUCUUGGUCCUCACAAAGUCUGUGGUCUCCACACCUGUUGACCUCGAGGUCAAACUCCGCAUUGCUCAGGGCCUUAGUAAUGAGAGCUGGUCUAUCAUGAAGAACAUGGCCACUGAGCUGUGCAUCAUCCUCAUUGGAUAUUUUACUCUGGUGCCAGCCAUCCAGGAGUUCUGUUUGUUUGCUGUUGUUGGGCUGGUGUCUGACUUCUUCCUGCAGAUGUUCUUCUUCACCACAGUACUAUCUAUAGACAUCCGCCGCAUGGAGCUGGCUGACUUGAACCGCCGCCUGCCGGCUGAAGCGGGGCUGCCUCCGCCGAAGCCAGGCCCACUGCGCACACGCGAGGUCCCCCCUCCACCACGACCCUCCCCCCACACAAUCACCCUCCAAACCCCAGCAUUCAGGAACCUUAGGCUCCCCAAGAGGCUGCGUGUGGUGUACUUCCUGGCCCGUACACGCCUGGCUCAGCGAAUCAUCAUGGUUGGCACUGUGAUUUGGAUCGGCAUCCUCGUCUAUACCGACCCAGCCGGGAUCCGCACCUACCUGGCUGCCCAGGUAUCUGAGCAAAGCCCUCUAGGAGAUCCUGGAGGAGGUGGCCUGCCUCCUCACCUGGGAGUGGCCCCUGUCUUCCGUGGUGGAGAUCCCACCAGCACCCUCAGUAUCCACCCUGCACCAGAUCCAACUCCUUUACCUGAGAACCAAUCGCAGGGCCACCACGGCGCAGCCAGAGCAGGGUCCCUCCCACAGGCCCCACCUGCGGUGCCUCAGAUCACCUGGGGGGCAGAGGACGAGGAGGGCUGGAGGAGACUGUCCUUCAGGCACUGGCCAUCACUCUUUAGCUACUACAACAUCACUUUAGCCAAGAGGUACAUCAGCAUCCUGCCAGUCAUUCCUGUCACCGUUCACCUGAGCCCUCAAGAGGCCAUCGAAACACGUCACCCUCAGGAUACAAGACAUCCUCCACCACCCAUUCCCAAAGUCUCUGCAGAUCUACAGACUGACCUCACCCUUUACAAGGUGGCAGCUCUGGGCCUGGCAGCGGGUGUCCUGCUGGUUCUACUGCUCUUCUGUCUCUACCGGGUUCUCUGCCCACGUAACUAUGGACAAAAUGGUGUAGCCCACGGGCGCCGGCGCCGAGGGGACCUGCCCUGCGAUGAUUAUGGCUACUCUCCGCCUGUCAGUGAGAUCUCACCACUGCUGUUGAGAGGCCACAGUAUGGAUAUCGAGUGUUUGGCCAGUGACGGGAUGCUGCUAGCUAGCUGCUGUCUGGCUGGACAGAUUCGUGUUUGGGAUGCCCAGACUGGGGACUGUCUGACUGUCAUCCCAAACCACGGGCUGAGGCGGAGCAGCAGCAGUGGCUGCUGGGAGCAGCGGGAUGGCUGGGACAGCAUGAGUGGAGCUGCAGAGCCAGAGGGUUUAGGCUCUGAAGGUUGCGACCGCUCCAUCAGUGGUGAUGGCCUGUCAGAGGAUGAGGGUUACCCGCUGAGACGCCGCACUGCUCCUGCACGGCCGACUCUAUUCACCGACCAGCCUGAUCUUACCCCACUCAUUGACACCAACUUCACCUGCCAGCCACCCUCCCACCUCUCCACCCCACCCAGGGCAGGGUUUGACUUUGGAGGCCUGGUGGAGCGCGCCUACAUGGAGCAUGAGCCCCCCUCGCCCUCUGCCUACCCAUCUCCCUCCUCAGCCUCAUCCUCGCCACCCUCAGGAGCUCAACUCCAGAGAAGACCCAGCAUAGGGGAUGCAAUCACACCUUUAACCCAGGAGAGGGCCUCCACAGCAGGGACGCAGGCGACGGCAGACUGGGAAAGCUCUGUCUGGGCAAUGGAGCUGAGAGGAAAUCUGAUAGCUGCUGGGAGGAGCAGUGGUAAACUGGAGCUGUGGGAUGCUGUGGAGGGGUCGUUACGCUGCAAUAAUGAAGAUGGCAUCUCGGGGAUCACAGCUCUAGCCUUCCUCAACAACAGAAUCGUAGCGGCUCGACUGAAUGGGUCUCUAGAUUUCUUCACUGUUGAGAUAAACAAACCUCUGGGUCUGCUACAGUACAGAGGUGCCCCUGGGCGGGGCAGCAUGCCUCCAUCUCCCUGUUACAGCAGUGAGGAUGUGAUCAGCCUCCAGCUCACACGCUCAAUACAGUGUGCUCACCAGAAGCCGAUCACGGUGCUGCGAGCAGCCGCUGGAAGGGUUGUCACCGGCAGCCAGGACCACACAGUGCGGGUUUAUCGUCUGGAGGACUCGUGCUGCCUCUUCACCCUGCAGGGUCACUCUGGAGGAAUCACAGCCAUCUACAUCGACCAGACGAUGGUUCUGGCGAGCGGUGGGCAGGACGGUGCCAUCUGCCUGUGGGACGUCCUGACAGGGAGCCGGGUCAGCCAUGUUUUUGGUCACCGUGGUGACGUCACAUCACUGGUCUGCACCACCUCUUGUGUCAUCAGUUCAGGGCUGGAUGACCUCAUCUGUAUCUGGGACCGCAGCACUGGGAUCAAGCUCUACUCCAUACAGCAGGAGGUGGGAUGCGGGGCCAGUCUGGGAGUGAUCUCCGAGUCUCUCCUGGUGACAGGGGGCCAGGGCUGCGUCUCCUUCUGGGACCUGAAUUUCGGGGACCUGCUACAGACAGUCUAUCUGGGCCAGAGCAGUGAUGGCCAGGGCGUCCGGCAGCUGCUGGUGCUCGAGAACGCCGCCAUCGUCUGCGACUUCGGCAGUGAGCUCAGCCUGGUGUACGUGCCCUCUGUGCUGGAGAAACUAGACUGAGGAGAGACAGACAGCAACAGUUGAUGACGGUGGAAACACUCACUGAAAAAAAACAUGCAGUCAGAACUUUUAUUCUUCAUCAUUUUGACUUUCCCACAGUUUUUUGCUUCGUUUUUUUUUUUUUUUUAUUGUUUCUGACACCCAGAUGAGAUGCGAUUAUUAGACUCGUUUUUAUGUGCAGACAAAGCUCUUUUUUAAUAGGAGUGAGAUUUUUUAAGUGUAAGCCUGGAUGUAAUGAGGAAGAAAAAGCUGAACACUGUGCAACCUGCUGCAUUUUAUCAGAGGAGGGUGACAGACCCUGGAUACUGAUGUGUUGACAUUUACGAGGGUCGUGAGAUUCGCUCAAGAAAAGCUGGAUGUUUUCUCACUUAAAGAGGAUCCACCGGUCACCAGUUUGUGCUUUUUGUGUGCGCGUGUUUGUUUUGUUUUGUGGCUCUGCCCUCUAUGCUGCUGAUAUGGGUGGGGCUUCACAGUGACCCCCACCCACCCCAGAGAAGAAGAUAAAACUUUCUCAUUUUUUAAUAUUCCCGCUGCCUCGUUUGCUCGAGCGCAGCCACGUGAGCUUGACAGGUUUACAGCCUGUUGGGAAGAGCUGAGCAGUUAGACAUAUAAAUGUGUGUGUGUGUGUGUGUGUGUGUGACUGAAUGAAUGAAUGAAUCUAGGCCCUUUUUAUGGCAAAACACUGCUGAGAACAAAAAUCGGUUGGUUAUGAGUGAAAUGUGUGUGUGUGUGUGUGAGGGAGAACUGAUGAUUACUGUAUAAAGUAAACCUCCAGAGGGGGCUGUUUUUAUAUGUAUAAAUCUAUUAUUUAUUAGCGAUACAUUUUUGAAUAACAGUUUGUUUAUGAAUGGCUAAUCCUGGCUCUUAAACAAGAAUAUAAUAAUGUGGAGAUAAA